AUGAUGGAUGCGGCAAUCUUUUGGAAAGAAGCUGUUUACUUACAAUCAAAUUUUCCUAAAUUAGGAAAAUGGCUUUUUGGAUAUGAACUAGAGAAAAGUACUGUUGAAAAAGUUAAACCAGAAAGUUUAUUGGAACGGGCUUUUGUUAUUUUCGCUGCUCCUUACUCAUGGUUUCUGAAAAAUAGGCAUUGUUAUGCUCUUCCAGAAGUAACAUAUGAAAAUUUAAUAUCAAAACCAGAAGAAACUAUUGGUGCAGUUUUUGAUGUUUGUGGCAUUUCAAGAUCACUAAUUCCAAAAGCAGUGACUGCAUUAAAUAGAGAUUCUCAAGCUGGAACUGUAUUAAGCAGAGAUAAAAUGGCACAAGUUAAAAGCCUUGAACUUAGCAGGUUGGAUCGAAAAAGACUAAAUGAAAUAGCAAAAAGAAUGGAAUUACCUGAAUCUAUAUUCCAUUUUUAA